AUGGGCAGUGGGCCCAGUAAAGAGCGUCGGGGAUCCAGCACUCAGGCAGCCUUGCUGGGCCAGGAAGAGCCCGCUGAGUCAGUCAUACUGGAGAGCAGCAAGUAUAUGGUAGUGUCCCUAUAUAACUAUCCCACUGGUCACCCAGCACACUGCCGCAUCCACGCUGGAGAGAGACUCAAAGUGCUUUCAGACGAGGGGGAGUGGUGGAAGGUGAGAUCCUCUGCCACAGGCAAUGAGAGCUACAUUCCCAGCAACUACACAGCCAAGGUGUACCACAGGUGGCAGUAUGAGGGUCUCAGCCGAGAGAAGGCUGAGGAGCUCCUGUUUCUGCCCUACAACCAGACUGGCUCUUUUCUGGUCCGGGAGAGUGAGACCCACCCUGGUGCCAACACCCUGUCAGUGCGUAAGAGCAGUGACCAGGAUCGUUGCUCAGUCAAACACUACCGGAUCCAACAACUGGAGAAUGGCUGGCUCUACAUCUCCCCCUGCCUCACCUUCCCCAACCUCAGAGCUCUGGUGGACCACUACUCAGAGGUCCGUGAUGGGCUGUGCUGUCUGCUAGGGGAGCCCUGCUUCAUCCAGGGGUCCAACAACGUUCCUGUGGUUACUGGGCCACUCCCCAUGGCUAUCAGGAAGCCCACCCUCAACUGGAAAGAUAUGGACAGCUCCAUGAUUUUUGGCAAGGACAAAGGCAAGGACAAUGAGGAUUCCCUGGUGAGUGAGGGAUUGAAGGAGGCCAUCAAAUCCUACCGCUUCAUGACAGAGGGCUGCAAAGGCUCCGGCCACAAAUGGGACAGCUGAGCAUGGAUCUGGCAUCAUAACAACAGGGAGAUACUCAGACUAAAACAGACCAUAAGAUGGAGAGCUUCACAUCAAGCUACCCAUUAAAGCUGAGGCAAUCCUGAAGACCAGACAUUCUGGCCAUGAACCCAAUGGAUCUCAUUAAAGGAAUGUUGUUAGGGGAACUGGAAAUCACAACUCAACCACUGCAGAGAACCAUGGUUCUCAAAACUAUGGUUGUAGAGUGCUCAACAUUACAUUCCCAAGCAGCUGAGGCCCAUCUUUGCUUGGAUUCAUGACCAGAAUAAAUGUUUAGAUCCUGGAGGCAGACUU